CUACCCGCAUCAUUCAUUCGUGGUGACCUUGCCCACUCUCUCAAGCUACGGAUCAAUCAAAGGGAAGGCUAUAUAAACACACAGGAUCAUCACAAGAUCAUAACACAUCUAGCCAUAAGAAGCAAAUCCCCCUUGAAGCACGAUAGGCAAAGAACACACAGUUUCCAGAUCAGCUCCCUACAGAUAAGUUUGUGGCGGCGUCCUGCAUCCAUCGAUAGAUAUCGAAAUGGCGCCGGCUCCCGCUCGAGCUAUUGCGGUGGUGCUCCUCACGUUCGUCUGCUGUGGGUGUGCCAUGGCCGCGGACAAAGCACCCAUCAAAUGGCUGAGGGCGCACGCGACCUUCUACGGCGGCGCCGAUGCCUCUGACACUAUGGGUGGAGCAUGCGGGUACGGUAAUCUGUACUUGGCGGGGUACGGUACGCGGACGGCGGCACUGAGCACGGUGCUGUUCAACGACGGUGCGGCAUGUGGACAGUGCUACAAGAUUGCAUGCGAUCGCAAGCUGGCAGAUCCGAUGUGGUGCAAACCAGGCGUCUCGGUGACGGUGACGGCCACGAACUUCUGCCCGCCUAACAACGCGCUCCCGAGUGACAAUGGCGGCUGGUGCAACCCACCGAGGCCACACUUUGACAUGGCGCAACCGGCAUGGGAGAAGAUCGGCGUUUACAAGGGCGGCAUCAUCCCUGUCAUGUACCAGAGGGUCCCGUGCAUGAAGAAGGGUGGGGUGCGGUUCAAGAUCGAUGGUCACGAUUACUUCAACCUAGUUACUGUGAUGAACGUCGCAGCCGCCGGCUCGAUCAAAUCCAUGGAUGUCAAGAGCUCCGAUUCAAACGAUUGGAUGCCAAUGUCUCAUAACUGGGGUGCCAACUGGCACUCUCUAGCAAAUCUUACCGGAAAAAUGCUCUCGUUUAGGUUGACUGACACGGAUGGGCAAACAGUUGUGUUCAACAAUAUUGUGCCUGGUGGAUGGAAGUUCGGGCAAACAUUUGCAAGCAAACAACAGUUCAAGUGAUCAUUCUCCGGUGAUCAAUUUAGAAUAUGAUUGGUUCAUGAAUGUACCAUACGUACAUUGUAGCAAUAUUGUUGAAUUUAAGUUAUUUGUGUCCUGGUGUUCAAUUACAUUAAUUUUAUCCAGUUCUUGUAUAUACAUGACAUCAAUUCAUUAAUAAAGGCAUGUAACAUCCUUGUAUGUGAUUAACUUGUUCUAUGUUUUUAUGUUUAUAUAUGAGUUCUUUUACAGUACCCUUAAAUGAAUAUAGGCCCUCCAUUUGAUAUAAUCUGAUGGACAGGAUUGGUUGGUACUCCAACAUACUCCAUCCGUUUCAAAAUAGAUGACCCAACUUUAUACUAACGGAGGAAGUAGAUGUUUAGGAGUACCACCGCCAAAAAUUGGGGAGUACCUUGAUUUUAAGGGUAAAUUGGUAAUCUAUAUGUAGCAAUUAAG